CAUGUAAAAAACCUAUGAAAACUGUUUGCACAUGUGACCAGCGAUUAAGUAAGUAAAAACUGAUCGCGUGGAGUACAAGAAGAACGUUCUUACAACUGCACGGGAUCAGUAUAAAACAAUAAUGGCAGAUAUAAAAACAAAUUUUCUUAGAAGAGGCUGUUCUGCCCAAUCUUAGGACACCGACCGAUCUUAAGACACAGAAUUGCCCAGUCUUAAGACUGGCCGGCCGGUCUUAAGACUGGGCAGGGCGUCAUAAGAUUGGGCGGGAAGCCAGGUUAGGCCAAUCUUCGGACGGCUUCUCAGAUUUGUGUUUCUGAACAGGAUGGGGUGCGUAUGCGCUAUUCUUGGAACGCGGGAGCCCGUAACGAAACUUAAACACUAUCCCUUACUGCAGCGGUUUUACCUGUGAUUACUUUUUUUAUUUAUUCAUUAAAAAAUAGUUUAGGCAGAAUUUAAUUUAGGCAGAAGAACCAUUAUCUAAUGGAAGUUGAAUAAAUGAUAAAUAAAUAAAAUAAAUAAACACUAUUUAUUUUAACACAUCAAAUUUCGGGUUUAGAAGCGAAAAGCUAAUUUGCCAGUACUGUCUAAAGAUUGGGCAGGCCGAUCUUUGGACACAGUGAAAAAACAGCACAUAAAGACCUCGACCCAGAUCUCCUUAGUUUUGACCAAUAUCACGCACUAUCUCGAGUACUGAAAUGAUGGCGAAUAGAUGCUAUCAAUUAUUUCCCAUGCCAAAAAAUAGUCCUGUCCUAAGACUGGGCAGGCCGAUCUUUGGACACAGUAAAAAAAACAGGAUAAAGACCUCAAACCAGAUCUCCUUGGUUGACCAAUAUCACGCACUAUCUCGAGUACUGAAAUGACGGCGAAUAGAUGCUAUCAAUUAUUUCUCAUUCCAAAAAAAUAGUCCUGUCCUAAGAUUGGGCAGGCCGAUCUUUGGACACAGUAAAAAAAACAGGAUAAAGACCUCAAACCAGAUCUCCUUGGUUGACCAAUAUCACGCACUAUCUCGAGUACUGAAAUGACGGCGAAUAGAUGCUAUUAAUUAUUUCCCAUGCCAAAAAAUAGUCCUGUCCUAAGAUUGGGCAGGCCGAUCUUUGGACACAGUAAAAAAAACAGGAUAAAGACCUCAAACCAGAUCUCUUUGGUUGACCAAUAUCACGCACUAUCUCGAGUACUGAAAUGACGGCGAAUAGAUGCUAUUAAUUAUUUCCCAUGCCAAAAAAUAGUCCUGUCCUAAGAUUGGGCAGGCCGAUCUUUGGACACAGUAAAAAAAACAGGAUAAAGACCUCAAACCAGAUCUCUUUGGUUGACCAAUAUCACGCACUAUCUCGAGUACUGAAAUGACGGCGAAUAGAUGCUAUCAAUUAUUUCCCAUUCCAAAAAAAUAGUCCUGUCCUAAGAUUGGGCAGGCCGAUCUUUGGACACAGUAAAAAAACAGGAUAAAGACCUCAAACCAGAUCUCCUUGGUUGACCAAUAUAACGCACUAUCUCGAGUACUGAAAUGACGGCGAAUAGAUUCUAUCAAUUAUUUCCCAUGCCAAAAAAAUAGUCCUGUCCUAAGAUUGGGCAGGCCAAUCUUUGGACACAGUAAAAAAACAGCACAUGAAGACAUUUACACAAGCACAAAAUUGAUCGCGAAUAAAUGAAAAUCUUUAAUCAACCUGCUGCCACCAAUUACGCACAAACUUAGAGCCCAGGUUCGCAUAAAAAUUCUUUAAAAAAAUGUAAGGGGGUUGAGAACAAAAGGCAAGGACGAGGUACGACCAAACUUUCUAAUUACCUGUUAGUUUAUGAUAGAUAAAGUCGUACUUAGACCUCCUGCUUAUUUCUUAUACAAUAUAAAAUACAGUUAAAAACGAAGUUGAUACAAAGAAACAAAUAAAUCCCUUUUUGCAAGUGUUUAGGCAACAGAUACAACUAAACUGCGAUUAAACACACAUGAUGUCUUCGUUAAACAGUGAAGAGAAAUUUGAAAAUUAUUUAAAAAAAUAUCAACUAGCUGACGGUAAACGGAUUAAAAGUUCCGUCAUGACACGGGAAGUUGGGGAAAAAAUUGUGGAAGUUUUAAAAUCUGGCGGGGAGAAUGUUGAUAGAAAGUUUAAAUUUUUUGUCAAAAAAAAUAGGUUUCAGAUAUUUCAAUACGAAGCACUUGGAUUAAGAGAUAUCUUAAUAGCUCCAUGCAAGAAUGCGGUUAUAGAUGGUGUAUCGAAAGGUAUACCUGAUGGUUUCGCUCGUGUAGCGUACGUUGAAGACUUUCACAAGAUUAUAGAGGAAAUACAUUGCAAAACAUUAAUACACUCAGGUGUAAAAAAAACACAGGCAAAGAUAUCUUCUUUAUAUUGGGGAAUACCAAGAUGCGUCGUCGAAGAAUUUAUUCGCCUAUGUGCUACAUGUCACUUAAAACAACAUCAAAUUACAUCUCCUCCUUUACAACCAAUUAUAUCAAAUGGUUUUAUGAAGCGUUUACAGGUAAUAGAAAGUGUAGAUUAA